CAGCCCAAAAAAGGGCAGGUGCGGAGGGACGCGGCGCUGCGGGAGCCCCGGUGGCCGGGGGAGGCCAGCAGAGUCUGCUUGCGGAGAGGGUUCAGGAGGUCUCUUCAACCUGAUUUGCAAUGCCUGGGCUAAACUAACACUUUGAUGAUCUUGGAUCUAAAGUAAAGCUAAAUCCAUCAGAAAAACGUCUUGGUUUUUCUAGCUCUAUGAGAAACGGCUCUUUUUGCAUGACUAUGGUGUUCAAGAGAUCUGAACUGUGUCAGGAAACUUGUCACUGAAGUACCCUUGGAAAACUACAGAUCCGUUUGCAGCUGUUAAGCAUAGAGCUGACAAGUGUCUGAUGGUGACCAGUUCUGCAAGCGUUAAGGUGCUACUGAAGCCCUAGAGCAGGGUGUCUCCUGAAUUCUCACUAUGUCUGAUGGGGACUAUGAUUACCUCAUAAAAUUUCUAGCACUCGGUGAUUCUGGAGUAGGAAAGACCAGCCUUCUUUACCAAUAUACGGAUGGCAAAUUUAAUUCCAAAUUUAUCACAACGGUGGGCAUUGACUUUCGGGAAAAGAGAGUGGUGUAUAGACCCAAUGGGCCAGAUGGCGUUGGUGGCAGAGGACAGAGGAUACAUCUUCAGCUCUGGGAUACUGCAGGGCAAGAAAGGUUUCGUAGCCUGACAACGGCUUUCUUCAGGGAUGCCAUGGGGUUUCUUCUACUCUUUGAUCUGACAAAUGAGCAAAGCUUUCUGAAUGUCAGGAACUGGAUAAGUCAGCUACAAAUGCAUGCAUAUUGUGAAAACCCUGACAUUGUAUUAUGUGGAAACAAGAGUGAUCUGGAAGACCAAAGAAUGGUGAGAGAAGAAGAGGCUAAGGAACUUGCAGGAAAAUAUGGAAUACCAUAUUUUGAAACCAGUGCAGCUAAUGGUAAUAAUGUAAGCAAAGCCAUUGAAACUCUGCUUGACCUCAUUAUGAAGCGCAUGGAACGGUGUGUGGAUAAAUCCUGGAUCCCAGAAGGGGUAGUGCGCUCCAAUGGGCACAGCUCUACAGAACAACUGAAUGAGGAGCAAGAAAAAGGCAAAUGUGGCUGUUAACUCAGUUACAAUUAAGUUUAAUGUAUAUGAUAAAGUACAGUACAGUUGCAGCUUAACUGUUUAACUUAUGGACAAAUCACAUUGUGUAGUUAUUUCAUGAGCUAUAUUAAUUCUUGAUACUAAUUUUUGGUUUUUUCCUCUGAAACAACAUUGUCCUUUGCUUGCAAGGUAUGCAGUUUAUUAGUGAUGGGACGGAGGUUUAAUUUGGUGUAGCACUGGAUAUUCCUCUAAUUCUCUACUUUGGAGGGAAGGGAAGGAGAGGAAUUUUCAUUACCAAAUUCAGAAACAUCUCUGUAUGGGCAAUGAGAAAGGGUAGGCUUCUGAAUUGAAGGAUUUUCAAUUGCCCUUUGAAGGCUCCAUUAACUACAUAGGGAAGGCAUUUAGAUUAGAUAUUGUGACAGCUCUUAGUCUCUACUAACAGCAAGCUUACCAACAUGUUUCUUGGUUUUGAACAGAAACAUUUAAUCAUUUCAUCGAUCAAUAACAUUCUUAAAGAGCAAAUCCUGUGUUUUCCACAAAAGCCUGCAAGCAGCUUUUUCUUGCUCUCUCAAACCAUCAGUUUUUAGUGAUGAAAACCAAAAGAAAGCUAUUCUAUACAGAAUAAAAAACUACAGAGAAGCACAGGGGUGCAUAUGUAGAGCACUUUGGGGUAUGUCAUGAAAUUGAACAGGUAAACUACAACUGUACUGUAUAAAAUAUAUCCAACACAGCCUAUGAGACCUCCUGACAUCAUUUGAAUUUCUAGAACAUGCAUAUACAUAUAUUUAUAUGUAAAUGGCAUAACUGUACAUCUUUUGUUAUGUUUCUUUUAUGUUAUCACUCAUGUUUUAACAGGAAUGUAGGGCAACCUAGAUGUCAGCAAAAUUUCAUCAGAGCUAGUGCUUUGCACUGAAUUUGGAAUGUUUCUUCAAAUUUGGAUUGAAAAAUGAAUGAUGAUUGUCUUCUGGUGAGAUGCAGCUAAGAUACCAGUUCUGUCUAGAUCAGUAUUUCUAUAAAUUUAUAAUGCUCACUUUAUUCUGCCAACCUUUGUGUCCUUUAUGUCUUGGUUAUCAUAUAUUCAUUUAUGGCUUGUUCACUUCCUUUAGGUUGUAUUUAAAAAAGAAUAGAGUUGCU